UACGAGCCCGCUGUACAAACCGCUGAUGUAAACAAAGUGUUUUGGUCGAUUACUUUUGUGUUAAUUUUGUACCAUUAUAUAAAAUGCUUAGAGCGUUACUUUCCAGAAGAUUAUGCCAGGUGACAUAYAGCCUGCAAACACAUGGAUCCAUUCGAUGCCUUACCAAGACUGAUGUAGAGACAGAUGCUGAAAAGAAAUUGGCUGAAACAUUGGCAUCUAAAAUUGAUGCAACCGUGAUCAGAGUGAGGGAUAUUUCAGGAGGCUGUGGAGCCAUGUAUGAAAUCUCUGUAGAGUCAGAAAUAUUCAGAGGAAAGCGAAAAGUACAGCAACAUAGGAUUGUGAAUGAGGCUCUCUCAGAGGAAGUGAAGGCGAUGCAUGGUUUAAGGAUUCACACAGAAGUCCCGAGUUGAAAUGCAAUGGAUUUUGGAGUUAAUCCCUAUARAUAUUGAAAAAAAAAAUGUAUAAGAUGCUUGUAUAUAAUGCGCCAUUGUAAGUUGUUUUUCUAGGCAUUACUACAUGGUUUUUGUAUUUCCAAAGUUAAAAUUGUAAUUGUCUUUUCUAUAAUAAAUAAUAAAAUGCAAAAGUCAUUACCGUUUUA